AUGUUAUUUGGAGAUGCCUCAGCUUGCAUCACCAUUAAUGGUCGGAAGUCUGAGGCUUUUGGCCUUUUCAGAUCCAUUUGCCAGGGGUGCCCUCUAGCUCCUGCUUUAUAUGUUCUUGCAGCGGAAGGGUUUGGCUACUUACUUGCUAAUGCUAUCAUUGUUGGGCAUGUCUGUGGUAUCUCCCUGCCUGAGUCACCUUCCCAACUUGUCAAUGGCCACUUUGCAGGUGAUUCCUUUCUCACUCUCAUUGAGGAUGAAGAUAAUGUGCAGUCUGCUCUUCAGUGUCUUAACACUUUUUGCUUGGCUUCUGAUUUGGCCAUUCAAUGGCACAAGAUGCAAUGUUACAGAUAG